AUGCUGGGCAUCCAUCAUUUACAAACUACAUCAUUCCACGCACAAGCAAAUGGGAUGAUUGAAAGGUGGCAUCGUUCGCUCAAGGCAGCAUUCAAAGCGAAAUUCACAAACAACUGGAUCGAUGAAUUUCCAUUAGUGUUGCUGGGUUUGCGCAUUGUGGUCAAAGAAGACAUCAACGCAUUGCCCGCCGAGAUGAUUUAUGGAAAAUCACUCACAACGCCGGGCCAAUUUCUCGAUGGCCCAAGUGAAAACCCGAUCGAUUCAGAAUUUGUCGAGGAAUCCAAACAAACAAUGAGCAAAUUCAAACCGUCUGCUCCAGAGUACCAUGGCCAGCCAAAAUUUUUCGUGCAUCCCGAGCUGAAAAACGCCACACAUGUUUUAAUUCGAAUCAAUGCACACAAAACACCAUUACAAGCACCGUACAAGAGGCCAUACGAGGUGAUCAAAAGUGGCACGAAGGUUUUCAAAGUAAACAUCGACGGAAAACCAGACGCGGUGAGCAUCGAUCGAUUAAAGCCAGCCUUCGUACUCAAACAAGACGAGGAAUACGAUGUCAAAACUCACACAAAACGAAAAACCACACCGGAGAAUCAAAGCAAAAAGCCACAUACAGUCACAAGAUCUGGUCGGAAGGUGGAUUUUCCGAAACGACUCCGUCUUUAG